AUGGCUAAGCCCAGUUUUGAUGUCAAGACGGCCAUCGCCUUGUUGCCCGUCAUGACGGGGCAGGAGGAUACCACUAAGCAGUUGAUAGACGGCAUUAUAAUGUACAGUUCCAUUAUUAAUAGCGAAACUCAACAGGUUUUAAUAGAGUUCGUCCUGAAAACAAGACUCUCAUCUAGCGCUAAGCUCAGAUUAAAGACGUCAUAUACUAGCGUAGAAUUACUUAUCGCGGAUAUGCGUACAUUCUUACUACCUAAAAAAUCGUCCGAAUCGAUUCAGGCUCAACUGUACAGAGCUAGGCAAGGUAGGAGAACUAUAGAGGCAUUCGGAGCCGAGAUCGAGGAUCUUUUUGUCAAUCUGACCAUAUCCCAGGCCGACGGUAACGAUAGCAGGUACGAUAUACUUCGUCCACUGAACGAGAAAUCAGCCAUUAAGCGUUUUGCAGACGGUUUAGCAGAUCCCAAGUUAAGUACCAUAAUAUCAUCUAGGCAAUUUACGUCACUGCCCGAAGCGAUCAGGACGGCCAUCGACGAGCACAGCUCAUCACCACAGCAGGAGCAGGUCCUACAUUACGGGCGCAACCAUUAUCGUAAUAAUUACGGGAACCGGAACGCCCACUCCGCACGUUAUAAUAGGGGUCAACCUUUUAACAUGCAAAGAAAUACAUUCGGGACACGAUAUUAUUCUAGCAAUAACCGUAGCGUAGGUAUUUCGCAACACGUCCCGACAAAUAGAGUUAAACGACCUGACAAUUUCGCUGACAGUGCAGCUACAGUUCGCCGACCUGCGCGCGCGCCCGCUCGCCCGAAUACGCGUGCGCAGCACAUACAACCGUCACACGAUGAUGAAAAACCUAACAGGCAGUUUUUUCGUGACUAA